GGGCUCAAUGGCCUCAAGCUCAUGGCUUCCUGAUUGCCGCUGGUCAUCUCCCAUGCCUCCAUCCGCAGCCUCUCACUUGUCCCUUAUAUAUGAUAAUUCUUUCAUGUCAGCUUUUUGGUUAUUUUUUGGUGCCCAUCCCGAUCCACGAUCAUGCCGCCGCCGUCCCUCCUGCAUCUCUGCACGGCGACUGCGAUUAGGAACGUGAAGCAUCUGAACGAUAUCGGAAACAUGCCCUAUGCGCUUGCUCGUCCAUUCCUACUCAAAGUGGAGAGCCCCGAGAAACUGAGAUCUCUGGAACUGCAGUCCCCACACCUUGUGCGAGAUGAUGAGGAGCUCUGGCUCGAGUUUAUAAAGCGAGAUAUCCCACGAUGGGAGGAAUACGAUCUGCCUGAGAGACCCGAUUGUUGGUAUGACGUAUAUUGUGACCUUCGGGAACAAGUUCAAAGGGCUUUGGAUGAAGAUGCUGAAAAGCUGAAGCUGGCUCUAGAUGGCAUCAGCUCGGAGCGCGAAAAGCACAGUGCGAAAUUCGUCACGGAUCGACGAAUCAUCGGUCUUCCCCGUGAAAGGCCGACCGCAAAGCAGCGAUAUGCUUCCUUCGACCGAAGGAUGGGUGGGAUUGCUCCCGUCUUCUCGUCUAAGACCGGGGCUGGCCCCUCAGACCCUAUGGGGUCGCCCGCCUGGACAUUUGGUAGACCCCAGGCUCCGCGAGAGACCAAGAAGAAGAAUAGUAUCUUCACGGCAACAAGGAGGAAUACCGUUCUGACUGUGCCCACCAAACAUCUCAAUAACAGGGCGACCCAGGUCAGACAGGCCCCCCGCGCUUUGAUUGAGGAACACAGGCGUCCUGCUGAGCCCGCUGUCCCUCGGCGACAGGAGACCCCAGCUCUGAGAGCGCCCGGUCGGUCGCGGUCGCAGGUUAGUACUGGCUCUGUAAGCCAGAACAAUCCGAUAGUCAAUUCUACUUUGCGUGAGAGGGAAGCCCGUCUGCGAGCAAUAACCUCAGGACGGGCCACGAACCCGCAGUCGCAGUCGCCUGCUGCGACCAGCAAGCCGGUGGGAAAUGCACCGACAUCACCGCCUACAAGGAAUCCGUCCGAAUCUUUAGCAAAGGAGGCGAGAUCCCAGUUGAGGUCUGGUGUAGAGGAUACGCCAGCAUCCCCGCCGCAGCCACCCCGUCCUGCAGUUGUUCGGAAAAGGCCUGCUCCAAGCCUCUUCAUUCAACCCAAGAAGAAGAAAGUAAAUUGACGGGACAUAUCUUGCAACGAAGUCCCCUUGCAUCGUUAGAUAUACAGGAUCACCAUUAUUCAUAGGAUUGGCGUUCGGCACCAGCGCGGUCUAGUGCACAGGUUGAGUUGAUGGCGUUUUGCAAAUGAUACCACUGAAGGCUUUCUUUCGUUUACUUUUCCUUUCCUUUUGGACAUCCCAGACUCGAGUCAGGCGCGGUAGCCUUUGCAUAUCCGACGGGGACCUCUAUCUAGAGGGCCAUAUCGCAAACGCAUGGCGAGUUCUAUACAUGGGAUGUUUGGUUCUCAAGCACCCCAUUCUAUAUUCUCUGGCUCGUCCCUACACCUUCCCUCCGCCAUAGAUACAGAUGCCACAGUUCUAGCCUAGAAAGCUAUAGAUAUAUAAUACCCAUCCACCAGG